AAAUCAAAUAAGCAAAAGCAAAAGGAAAGGCAAAUUAUUAGCGGCGGCGGCGAAAUAGUCGCGUUGGAGGUGUAGGUAGUUUCAGUCUAUUCGCGUUUGGCGCCGUUGAUGGUUUUCCAAUUCGCUAGCACUUCACGUGAAUGGUAAAUAAAUAAAUAGCAACAAGCAUGGCGUGUUCAACAAAAACUCUGAAAGUAUUUUCUUUGAUUUGGGAUAUCCUCUAUGCGCUGAUCGGCUUGGUCAUCAUUGGCAUUGGCGCUUAUGUGAUCAUCAAACUUGAAUAUUUCAAUACCGCAGCCUUCGUAAUACUCGGCUUGGGUAUCGUGGUGAUCUUGACCGCUGUCUUGGGUUCACUGGGUGCGGCACAUGAAAGCAGCCAGAUCUCCAAAACGUUCGCCAUUAUACUGCUGUUAUGGGUUGUGCUGCAAACACUAUCGGUUGGCUUCUUAUGGAUCUUCCAGUCAACGUUGCUGAUCAACAUCGAUCACACCUUCGAUCAGUUGUGGGGCACGCAGACAGUGCCCAUCAAGCCGGGCAACGCUAGUCAUAUAGCGAGCAUUGAGAGAUGGCUCGAUUGUUGCGGCAAUAUCGGCUCUAGCGAUUACCUGCUCCCGCCCAAUAGCUGCUACAACAGCGUUACGGACAAGCUGAACCUCGACGGCUGUCGACAGAAGUUUCUCGAGUACGUGGCCGAGCGCUGGCAGGCGUUCAAUUUCUUCGCCAUCGGCGUGGUGUUGAUCGAGCUGAUUUGUGCCGCUUUCGCUUGGGUCUUGGCCAACAGCAUUGUGAAUCGCUGGCGCCGCUCGAAAUACUAUCCCAAAUAAGCAGUUUAACGCGAUCCAUUUAAAUGCGCACAAAGGCCAAAGAAUUUCUACACACACAUAUACAUAGCAUAGGUGGAAAGUGUGUAUGCAUAGCUGAUUAGAUGCAGUUACAAACGUACACAACUGUACAUACCAAUCGAUGUAUUUCUUUUAUUGUUUUUGCUUUUUUGUUUUUCUUAAAAUUGUUUGAUUUUUUUGUUUUGUUUUUGUAAACAAAGUCAACACAAAACGAUAUUUUGUAGAAGUGUUUGCUCUGACGUUGGAAAAUAUGAAAUUCAUUUCGCUAGUCUACCUCAACAUGCUCAUAAAUUAGCUAAGCUACUAAAGAAAACAGUAAAAGCGCCGCUCUGAACUCAGCUUAGCGGGAAAAUAUUUAAUUACCAACACACACGCAUACAUAUGUCAGCGAUAAUAAACACAUACAUACAUAUACAUAGAUGAAAUUUAUAAAUUCGCAAGUCAAACGAAACGAAGGUGCCAAAAAUGGUGUUCAAU